GACUGUGUUUUCGUGAGCACGCGCUGACGGAGUUUUUCUGUGUUCGUUGUUUCGGCAUCGCUGUUUUUUAUGUGUAUUAGUAAAAAACAAAGUUCGCCACGUGAGAGUUUGAUAUCUUAAGGGAUUAUUGAUCAUUGGGAGACGGAACGGCGGCAGAGACUCAUGUUUAUGCUUGAAUGUAUUUCUGGAUGAUGUGGAAGAAAGAAAAGAAUACAGGUUUUGAACAACAUGAGGGUUUAUUUCCUGUCUGUCACUAUACCCUGAGGGUCUGUUCCUCGUCAUCCUCUCUCGCUGCAAGACUCUAUGGAGGAGUAGCUCUUGAGUGACAGGGACGAGAGCCAAUCAAACGUCAGUAGGUGUGACAGACUCACUGCAGCAGGGCCUAAAGGAAGAGAGGAUGUCGUCAAACCGGACCCAGACCCCUCAUGGUCUGAAGCAGAUCGGGCUGGACCAGAUCUGGGAUGAUCUGCGAGCAGGAAUACAGCAGGUGUAUACCCGUCAGAGCAUGGCCAAGUCACGCUACAUGGAGCUCUACACUCAUGUGUAUAAUUAUUGCACUAGUGUUCAUCAGUCGAAUCAGGCCCGUGGUGCAGGUGCCCCCCCGUCCAAACCUUCCAAGAAGACCGCCUCACCUGGAGGGGCUCAGUUUGUGGGGCUGGAACUUUAUAAAAGACUGAAGGAAUUUCUAAAGAAUUACCUUACAAACUUACUAAAGGAUGGAGAAGAUCUCAUGGACGAAAGCGUGCUGAAGUUCUACACGCAGCAGUGGGAGGACUACAGAUUCUCCAGUAAAGUGCUCAAUGGGAUCUGCGCUUACCUCAACCGCCACUGGGUGCGCCGGGAGUGCGAUGAGGGCCGGAAGGGGAUCUAUGAAAUCUACUCUCUUGCUCUGGUGACGUGGAGGGAAUGUUUGUUUCGGCCACUGAAUAAGCAGGUCACAAAUGCAGUAUUGAAGCUGAUUGAAAAGGAAAGGAAUGGAGAAACCAUCAACACCAGGCUCAUUAGUGGUGUGGUCCAGUCUUAUGUUGAGUUGGGUCUCAAUGAGGAUGAUGCCUUUGCUAAAGGUCCAACUCUCUCGGUCUACAAGGAGUACUUUGAAACUCAGUUUCUGGCUGACACAGAACGGUUUUACACAAGGGAAAGCACUGAGUUCUUACAACAGAAUCCUGUUACUGAGUACAUGAAGAAGGCAGAGGCCCGCUUGCUGGAAGAGCAGAGGAGGGUGCAGGUGUACCUCCACGAGAGCACACAGGACGAGCUGGCCAGGAAGUGUGAGCAGGUGCUCAUCGAGAAACAUCUGGAGAUCUUCCACAUGGAGUUUCAGAACCUUCUGGAUGCUGACAAAAAUGAAGAUCUUGGCCGCAUGUACAACCUUGUGUCACGGAUCACAGAUGGAUUGGGAGAGCUCAAGAAACUUCUGGAAACUCAUAUUUAUAAUCAAGGCCUGGCAGCCAUCGAGAAAUGUGGGGAGUCUGCUCUGAAUGACCCCAAAAUGUACGUACAGACUAUUUUGGACGUCCACAAGAAGUACAAUGCAUUGGUGAUGUCAGCAUUCAACAAUGAUGCUGGUUUUGUGGCUGCUCUUGACAAGGCUUGUGGACGCUUUAUUAAUAACAAUGCUGUUACCAAGAUGGUUCAAUCCUCCAGCAAAUCUCCUGAACUACUUGCCAGAUACUGCGACUCUCUGCUUAAGAAAAGUUCCAAAAAUCCAGAGGAGGCAGAACUUGAAGACACUCUCAAUCAAGUGAUGGUGGUGUUCAAGUACAUUGAGGACAAGGAUGUGUUCCAGAAGUUCUAUGCAAAGAUGCUGGCCAAACGUCUGGUCCAUCAGAACAGUGCCAGUGAUGACGCAGAGGCCAGCAUGAUCUCCAAACUAAAGCAAGCAUGUGGCUUCGAAUACACAUCAAAACUCCAGCGCAUGUUCCAGGACAUUGGAGUGAGCAAAGACCUCAAUGAACAAUUCAAGAAACACCUUACAAACUCAGAACCUUUGGACUUGGACUUCAGCAUCCAGGUGCUGAGCUCGGGUUCAUGGCCCUUUCAGCAGUCCUGCACUUUUGCUUUGCCAUCAGAGUUGGAGAGGAGCUACCAAAGGUUCACAGCAUUCUAUGCCAGCAGACACAGUGGCCGCAAGCUCACCUGGCUUUACCACCUGUCCAAAGGAGAACUGGUCACCAACUGCUUCAAAAACCGUUACACCCUACAGGCAUCCACGUUCCAGAUGGCCAUUUUACUGCAGUAUAACACGGAAGAUGUUUAUACAGUCCAGCAGCUGACAGACAGCACACACAUCAAAAUAGACAUACUGGUGCAGGUUUUGCAAAUAUUAUUGAAAUCCAAGUUGUUGCAGGUUCUAGAGGACGAGAACGCAAACGUGGAUGAAGUGGAAUUCAAACCUGACACCCUCAUAAAACUCUUUCUGGGUUAUAAAAAUAAAAAGCUGCGAGUGAACAUUAAUGUGCCAAUGAAGACAGAGCAGAAACAGGAACAGGAAACGACGCACAAAAAUAUCGAGGAGGACAGGAAACUCCUGAUACAGGCGGCUAUAGUGAGAAUCAUGAAGAUGAGGAAGGUUCUGAAGCACCAGCAGCUCCUGGCAGAAGUUCUGAACCAGCUCUCAUCCAGAUUCAAACCCAGAGUCCCCGUCAUCAAGAAGUGCAUUGACAUCCUCAUAGAGAAGGAAUAUCUGGAGCGGGUGGACGGAGAGAAGGACACAUACAGCUACUUGGCCUAAACAUUUCAUUGCUCCUCCACUUCUUUAAUGUCUUUCACUCUCACUUUUUUAAGUUGUCUCUUGGGUAAUAAAUAUCAUUCCUCUUGAUGUUCGGCCUGUGUUGAUGGGAAUUUGAGCACAGAAGGAAUUCUAAAAAGGAAAAGGACAUACAAAAGGGGAGUGUUUGUGUGUGCAUCAGUGAGUAUGUGUGAGAGAGCAGAGAGAGAGAGAGAGCUUGACUUUACUGUUGUAUUGGAGCAACCCACCCUGGAGGGACAGACUGCAUUUGCAAUGUACAUACAUACAUACAUACAUACAUACAUACAAACAAACAAACCUUGAGCUUUAAUCUUACAAAAUAAAACCUUACAGGUUUUAGAAACCCAAUCAGAAAUAAACCCUUCACAUUAAGCAUGCUAUUGCCUCUCAGCAUUUACAUGAAGAAGAAAGAAAUAUGAACAAAGAUCAUUUUUAAUCUUGGGGAAGAAAGGGGCUAUGAUGCCUGGAAAGUGUAUUAAGAUAUAAAAAGAAUAAAAUAGGAAAAGGGUGCAAUUUUAGCUGUACUACCCUAGAAGAAACGAGUUGGGCAGGUCUGUAGAAGUGUAAUCUGCAUUGUAACCUACCAGAAAAACCAUUUGUAUAGUGUGGUUCACUUUUUUAAAUGCGUGUUAAAUAAAAUAAUUAAAAGUUUCUGUAUUUCUGAUGCUGUUGAGUCACUGACAAACAGACCCAUGGAGCCAUAAGGGAAUGUUUUGAAUAUAAGCCAUUAUGCAUAUUUUAGACAUUCAUAGGUAGUUGACAUGUAACAAGCUAUGCUCUGCCAAAAUGUAUUUUAAAUAGCAUUAAUUCUUCAUGCAUGCUUUUAUGGACGCCUGUUAAGUGAGAGACUACAUGGAAUAUGUAUACUUAAAAGAUCAAUUGUCUUGUUGCAGGAGCAUAUAAAAUGAAUUGGUGAAGGCAAAAGAUGAU